AUCUGAAAAUGAAAAGCUCCACAGCAUUUUGUAGCAUUCAGGAUGGCAAACUCCCUGACAGUGAAGGAGAAUUACAUUUUCCUGGAAGUCCCAAACAGUUCUAUCAAAACCACCAAUUGUGUGUAUGGACUCUAUUUGUACCAGAAGGGAAUUAUAUAUUGCUUCGUUUUUCCCACUUUGAUAUAGAGCCAGAAACAUUUUGUGACUAUGAUUCUUUAUCAGUCUAUUCAAAAGACGACAGGCUUGUUGGGAAAUUCUGUGGAGGAGAUCUUCCAUUACCUAUUUUGAUUGGCUCCAAUAGUAUAAGGCUGAAAUUUGUUUCUGACAACAAGGAUUAUGGAACUGGUUUUUCCAUGACCUACAAAGCUCUUACACCAGAUAUUCUUCCUGAUUCUGGCUGUGAGUCCUUAGCUGUCCUUUUUGAAGAAGGAGUGUUACAAAGUAUGCACUAUCCAGAGCGCUACAGCAACAUGGCAGACUGUCAGUGGAUUAUUUGUGCACCAGAGGACCAUGUAGUCAAGCUUACGUACCAGUCUUUUGAAGUAGAAGAGAGUGAAGAUUGCUCUUAUGAUGCUGUGACUGUGUAUGAAGAUGUAGGAAAAGAAGAGGAAAUUGCUAAGUCUUGUGGAUUUGCCCUACCCGCACCUGUUCUAAGCUCCUCUGCUAUGAUGCUGGUUGUCUUUCACUCUGAUGAAACAGAAACCUUUGGAGGGUUCAGAGCUACAAUCUCUUUUGUUCAUGUAACAGAUUUAGAUACUUUAGAUUCAACUAGUGAAGAAGAAUUUGAAGAUACGGAUACGACUGAAGAAGAAAUACAGGUUACAACAGAUGGUAUUUGUGGAAUGCCUUCAAAUCAGCCCAGGUUCAUCUUCAGUAGGAUAAUUGGAGGUGAAGAAGCUGUACCAUACUCAUGGCCUUGGCAGGUCAGUGUACAAAUUUCAGAUGAGCAUAUCUGUGGAGGAGCAGUUCUUGCCAAAGAAUGGGUUGUCACAGCUGCUCACUGCUUUAAUUCUAAGGAACUAUACAGAGACUUAUGGAUGGUGGUAACGGGACUUCAUGAUCUUGGAGAGCAAGAAUACAGACAGAAAAGGUCAGUAAAGCAGUAUAUUAUACAUCCAAGUUUUAACAAGACCACUAUGGACUCUGAUAUUGCCUUAUUGCAACUGGCCGAGCCCUUGGAAUUCAACCACUAUGUGCGCCCAGUGUGUCUCCCUGCCAAGGAGGAGGUGAUUGAGCCCUCGAGGGUGUGCAUUGUCACAGGAUGGGGUGCACAUGAAGAAGACAGAGAAAAGGCGAAAAAACUGCACCAGCUGGAAGUCCCCAUCCUGGUGCUUGACACAUGUCAGAGCUAUUACAUAAAUCUUCCCAGUAAAGUGACCCAGCGGAUGAUCUGUGCUGGAUUCCCUCUGGAAGAAGGCAAGGACUCAUGCACAGGUGAUUCUGGUGGCCCGUUAGUUUGUCCUUCAGAAGAUAACUCGGGAUUUUACACCCUUCAUGGAAUCACUAGCUGGGGCUUGGGAUGUGGAAGGAAGAGCUACCCAGGAGUAUACACAAAUGUCGGUGUUUUUGUUGACUGGAUCAAGCAGAGUGUUAAUAGCAGUGGUAUGUAUUAA